UUGAAGUACAAACCCACAAAGUAACUCUAACACUUUAGUCGGUCUUUGAUCUUUGUUUGGCCAAACAAACCCUUUAAAAGUAGAAUACAUUAUACAUCAAACCGAAUCAAUAACAACAUGUAAUGAUCAACUAUCAAGCUAUCAAUCAAACAGAGAUUCCCCUUCCUUCAUUUAAACAAUUGAAAAAAAAUAAUCCAUCACCCACCUUCAAAAAACCAAAAAAAAUCCCAACUUUAGCAACAAAUCACUAUUUUCUGAUCUGGGUUUUGCUUAGUUUGAUUCAUAGUUCAUACACAAUAGUCAAAACCACAAUGAGAAAGAGGGAAAGAGAAAACCCAUGUCUUAUUUGUGGGCAUUAUCAUAAGUAUGAAGAGGGUGAAGUUUGUGGGAUUUGUGGCCACCGCAUGCCUAAUACUUCUGAGAAAUCUUCCAUUUCAGUUGGUGCUUUUCCUUCUGAGAUCUUCCCUGAUUUUCUUUAUCUUGGUAGCUAUGAUAAUGCUUCUAGGUCUGAACUUCUUAAGGCUCAAGGAAUUUCUAGAAUUCUCAAUACUGUCCCAUCUUGUCAAAAUCUCUACAGAAAUUCGUUUAUUUAUCAUUCCCUUCAAGACGACAAAAGCUUACAAUUUGAGGAUGCUAUUCAAUUUUUAGAACAAUGUGAAAGGGAGAAGGCUCGUGUUCUUGUACAUUGCAUGACGGGAAAGAGUCGGUCACCGGCUAUAGUGAUUGCUUAUUUGAUGAAAUGCAAAGGAUGGAGGCUUGCUCAAAGUUACCAAUGGGUCAAAGAGCGUAGGCCAUCUGUUGAGCUUACUGAAGCUGUCUCGCAGCAAUUGCAAGAGUACGAGCAAAAGUUAUUUGCGACUAGCGAGGCAAUGUUCCCGACAGAGUCUUUCAGCUUCGGGUUCCCGAAAACGGAUCCAGUUACCCCUGUACCAGCUUUCAAUACCGCGAGUGGUUCCUCUAUCUUCGAUCGUCCAUUGGAAGUUCCUCCUCAGCAAUUUGCCUUCGGAGCUGGUCAGGAUGUAAAUCAAUCUAAUCCUGGUGUUGGUGAUGUCCCGAUGGGCGGUGCUUGAUACCGUUUCGGAGGUUUCCUUUCUAGGAUCUGUCCUUGUUUUUUGAUGUCAAAGCUUUAUUCAGAUUUCAGACAUCGAAAGCUGCGUCUUUGUAUUGUUCUUGCACUUGCUGCCUUUGUUUUUGUGGGCGUUGUAUGAUGUCGAAACCUCCUGCUGUAAAGCUUGGUGCAUAACAGGCACAAUAGACAACAACAAUUAUGACAGUCUUAAUUUCAACA